GGAAUGUGAUUGGUCAGUUCCUCCUUGUUAUUGUGCUUCUGUCCUGCAUGGCACUGUGGGAGUUCCCAUACCACCCUUCCGCAAACGACCUUACAGAAACGUCGUUACGUAACGUACCGAGGUGGUUAUUUGCUCAACGAGAGGAAGUCUUUGUGGCUUUCAAACGACGACAACACAAACUCACAGCUGACUUCUCUGCUUUGCAUUUUACACUAAAGCGUCGAGCUGACAACCACAAGGUGGAGAGUGGCUUUAGGGGAAACCAGUGGCUGCAAUGCAUUGUCCAGGAUACCCACCAAGACACUCUCUGUACUGGGAAGAAGCAGAGUGUCUCAACUACUAUGGGAUGUUGUCUCUCCAUGAGGUCUUUGAAAUAGUUGGUUCUCAGCUGACAGAGACUGACAUUGAAGUCUUGUCAUUUCUUCUGAAUGAAACCUGUCAUGCCUCACACCCUCUUGACCUAGCAGGCUGGACAGUUGAGCCCUGUGAGGGUGAUCCAGAAGACUCGGGCGUAGCCCCAAGCCCCGAACUGCAAAAGGCCUGGAGGAAGUUAAACCCUAAGAACUCCAGGGCUCACAUACAGGCCUCAUUUAAGCCCAAGAGUGGCCUUGAGCUUUUGUUAGAGCUAGAGAAGCAGGGUCACCUCAGUGAUGGCAACCUGGAGCCACUACUGCAACUCUUGAGAGUCCUCACUCGUCAUGAUCUGCUUCCUUUAGUGUCCCACAAGAAAAGAAGGACAGUAUCUCCUGAACGAAGUGGACAGAGGUAUGGAAUUGAGAAUAGGGAGUUGAUGUGCAUCUCUGGAGUACAACACAGCUGCAGACAGACAGAUAUACCUCUUCCAUCUUUCACACAGCAACUGAGAACCGGCAUCUACCCUCCCAUGCCUGGAACACCUGCUAGGAGGAGGAGGAAGAAGAGGGGAAAUUGCUGGAGCCGCAGGCCUAAGAAAACCCACCGACAGGACCAACCACUACCUCUACCUCCAUCACCACCUCUGCAUAAGGUGUCAUGUGAUAUCCGCCUGCGUGUCCGGGCUGAGUACCUGGAGCAUGAGUCGGCCCUCCGUGAUGGUGUCUCCUCCGACAAACAGCAGCCCCUGGAGCGGCAGUUUGAGUUAUUCAGCCAAGCCAACUCGCUGCUUCGUGCGAGAGACCUGGGUUCUAUCGUCUGCGACAUCAAGUUCACAGAGCUGGACAACCUGGAAGCCUUCUGGGGGGACUACCUGAGCGGGAAUCUGCUGGAGGCCCUGAAGGGAGUCUUUAUCACCGACUCCCUGAGGAUGGCAGCAGGCAUGGAGGGUGUCCGGCUCCUGAUCAGUGUGGACCAGGAUGACUAUGAGGAGGGCCGGAGGCUACUGAGAACAGGGAGAACGAUGUCAUCCUGUAAUGGUGGGCGCACAGAGACUUACUGGGCUUUAUAGGCUUAUAAGACUCUCUGUGAUUUUGUAUUAUAUUAAAUUAGAAUAAUGCAAUAGUAGUCAAUGCUAUUCAUUUUCAUGGUUGCAUGCAAAUUUGGAUUUUUUAAGCCACUUUUUGUAUUUGCAAUCCAUACAAUAACCACUAGGUGUCAGCACUUACCAUAUGUUCUUUGUGUUCAUAACAGGCCUUACAAUUUCAGAAAUUGUCAUUCCUUUGUUCAAACGUUACCAAUAUUUGUAAUGUAAAAAAAAAAAUGUAUGUAUCAAUGUGUUUUCCUUUUUGGAUUCAUGCACAGGUGCUACUUUUUAGGAGACCAGGAUGAGACAGGAUGUAGCAAGUUUUCUUCUUAGUCUCAGUGAGAACAAGAGUGAGCAAGCCUGUACCUAAAGAUCAAGUGGUAAGCCUUUCAUAACAUUAACAAUUUUAAACAAAUAAGGUUUAAAGUGUUGGGCUUCCACAAAUAAUUGGCACAUGUCCUCAUAGACAAGGAUGUGUUUUCAAAACAUACACAUGUAAAUAGACUUAGUGGGCCAGGAUAAGACUUGUCUCCUAAUUAAGCAUUAAUCAAACUUUUGUCUAAAAUUGUGCAUAAACUGUUCCAACAUGGCACUUAAAAUUCUUAAAUACAAACAGACCAUUACAGAUGAGGAUUAAUGCUUCACAGCUGUACAGUUUCUUGGUUUUCAUGUUGGACUUCAGGAAUAAUGCUAACUUGCACUGACUUUAUUUCAACUCAUUUAAAGGACAAAGUAAUCUGCCAAAAAAGUUUCUGUUCUUUAAAAAUGUUUGAGAGAAUUGACCACAGAUGGGAAAGUGGGCUGCUCUCUGAACAGAUUGACCUUUGUGUCUAACUUCUGAGAGCCCAGUCCACCCAUCAACACUUAGAUAACAUACGACGGGAUUCUCAGCCCUGUGUACCACGAUAACUCGACUCGUGAUUGCCUUGGUCAGUGGAUACUGAAGUUGCUAGUAGAUGACAGCAAUGAUUAGGGCUAGGCCUCAGCAGACCAUGGAAGAUUCAUCAUCCAAAGGUUGUCAACAGAAACCAGGAUAAUGCAAUGGUGGCUUGUGCCUGGGCUUCCAGCUAGUCCACAGCAAGUGCUUCUCUCAGCAAGUAAAGCACAGGACAGUGCGUCGGUCAAUAGAAGUGAUGUUGGAGAGAUCAAAAUCAAAAGUGCACAUCCCAGCUCCACUCAGCCCUGCUAUGUAGGCCCAGUAGAGUGGCUCACAGACAGCUGUCUACUCACCCUGCUGGAACUAAUGCCUGGACUUCACUCAUAGAAGAAGAUCAAUAAGGCCCCUCCUCUAAGUCCCUUCAUACAGACACAACUUAAGCAGACAGACUCGCUACUGUCUCAAGUGCAGAGCUCUGCUGGGCAAUGCAGAGGGAGGGACAAUGGGCAUAUUUUCAUGUUUUCUUUUGUGUGUUUUUUUUGAUAAGCAAAUGUGUUGAUGUUUACAUUAAAUUCUAUUGUUUAUAAAAGAAAAGCUAGAAAUUCAGGGGAGCAUUCUUGUGAAAAAUAUAAUUUGUUUUUGUGGAAAUCUUUAUAUAUUGGACAUUAUUUCUGGUGAAUAAUAAAGGUUUAAUGGCCUGAAGCUA